AUGGAAAAACGACGUGAAACGUCUAGAUUUGCAGCUAGAGAUCGGCGAGGCAAGGAAUCUGAAAUAUUUAGUGAUCUUCGAGCGGUGGUCCCUAUAGUCGAUGAAGGUACUGUUACACAUUUGGAUCGAAUAGCCGUCUUGCGAGUCAGUUCUGCUUGGUGCCGGAUACGAAAAACGGCCCCUAAUGUUGGACCAGAAGUUACGCAAAUCGGUAAGGAACUGUGGUGUGAAGACACAGUAACCGAAACACUAGACGGCUUUAUAAUCAUUGCGGACAGCGAUGGUACAAUCCUCUGUGUGACAGAAAGUGUCUGCUUGUACCUUGGGCUCAGUCAGACAGAUCUUGUCGGUAGAGCUCUCAAAGAGUUCCUGCAUCCGACGGAUUACACUGAGUAUGUUGAAAUCACGAACAAUUUGGGAUCAGUGUUGAUCGAACGUCCAGAAGUUUCUAAAUCACCUGAAAAUGGUCUAUUCGCUGAGUUGCGGAUGAAGACGGUGAUUACCCAACGUGGAAGGAAUCUCAAUCUGAAAAGCGCCUUGUUCAAGCCAAUCUCGUUUAUUCUUCGUGCUGAACGAUCACUGGGUGGUCAUGUUAUGAGGAUGUUGGCAACUUCUGAACCGGCCGGCCAAGGCUCAGUGAACGCUCAUGCUACAGCUCUCACUAAAUAUGCGGAUACUCCAACAGGUUCCUUUAUGACUCGACACACCUCGGAUAUGAGGAUAUCCUAUGUUCACGAUCGCCUUAACUACAUACUCAGAAACGAGCUGAAAACAUUGAUGGGAUCGAGUUUCUUUGAGUUAAUAGAGCCGAGUGAUCUGUUUUCUUUACAGUCAAUGAAAACUUUGUUCGCGAAGGGUCACGUACGCACUCCAUUGUAUCGUCUUCUGGCUGCCAACAAUACUGUAGUUUGGUUAACCACAGAGGCAUCCACAGUAAAUCACACAUCCAAAGGUCAAAAAGCCCAAUACGUGAUCUGCGUUCAUCAUAUUGCAGGGAUCAAGGGUAUCUUGGAAGAUGCAUCCUCGGCAGGUCAAGGUGGUGUUCCAGCAGGACUUGCAAUUGAAAUUAAGAAAGAGAUAGAUGACGCAAGAGGUACGUGCCCGAUUGUUUUUGACGAUGUUGAUAUUGGUAUAGGAAGUUCGAGUAGCUUAUCCUCUUUAUGUUGCUGCUAG